CAAUUCUCUACCUUUUCUUGCCUUUACGUAAGGAAUUCUCCUCUUAAAUAAAAUAAAUAAAUAAAAAGGUCAUUAAAAAAAACUUGUUACGUUAACGUAUACGAUACAAAAAAAUCUUCUUUUAACGAUAUACAAUUUAUAUUUGGCAACGACUUUUUUUACUUUUCAAACGAUUCAAGAAACAAAAAAAAAACUAUUAAAAAUGAUUUCAUCUAUUCGUAAUUACUUCACUGUCAAAAACUAUCAAAGCGAAGUUUCCACAUCUACAAUCGAACCAUGGGAACGAGUUUUAUUCAAUUCGGUAAUCGCAAUGAGUAUAACAUUAUUCAUGUAUACAGCUUUUGCAAAUUUCCCAGAACAAAAUUUUAAUUUCCAUCAUAGCAUUGGCGAUUACCAUUCAUUCUGCUUAUGAUCUCUCGAUAAAUUUUAUAGACAUUUUAAUUUUUUUUAAUAUUUUUCCUGUGUAUAAUGAGUAUAAACUGGCAAAAAAUGAACAAUUUAUUAUUUUUCUUU